AUGAAGGGUAUAGUCCAUUCAGCUCACGAAGCACCUAGAUUCAGUCAGGAUAUCACUCUGAUCGAUAUGGCACUACCACCGGCAGUCUUUCUCACACUUAUCGUAAUUCUCUACUGCCUGCAGAAGUUCUAUUUGCGAACCUCCCGUCAGCUCCGGUUUCUGGAUUUGGAGGCAAAGUCGCCGCUCUAUACGCAUUUUCUUGAAACCCUAAACGGACUGACAACCAUCCGAGCGUUUGGCUGGGUAUCAACCUUCGAGGAAUCGAAUAUCGCAUUGCUGGCCGAGUCUCAACGUCCGUACUAUCUACUUUACUGUAUUCAGCGAUGGCUGAAUCUAGUCCUUGAUAUAUUUGUGGGCGCUCUAGCAGUUUUACUGCUCACUUUUGCAGUCACUCUGAGCGAUAUUACAAGCCCUGGUGCCCUCGGAGUUGCCAUGAUCAACCUGUUGAACUUCAACCAGGAUCUGGCAAGUCUUAUCGACUCCUGGACAAGGAUGGAGACCUCGCUCGGGGCAAUCUCUCGCCUGAGAGAUCUCGAAAACAACACACCCCAGCCAAUCCAUAACAAACACUCCAACCAGUGGUCUUUCCAAAGAUCCCUCGACUUCAAACAGGUGUCAGCAUCGUACGGGUAA